AUGAAUAAUUUGUCAUCAUUUAUACUAUUAACACUUUUAAUUUUAUUAUUUUGUUUCAAAUCACUUGAGAUUAGUGACAAAAAUUUAAUUGAUUCUUUAAAUGCAGAGAAUGUUCCAGUACCAGUAGUUUUAAAUGAUGAUGAAGAUAAACAUACUGUAGAAAAAAGACAAAGUAAAAAUAAAAAACGUAAAAGAGCAAGCAGACGAAGAAGACAACUUAUUGUUUCUAUAACUUCUAUAAGUGCGCAAAUAAAUGCAUUAAAUCAACAAUUGAAUAGUCUUCAAGUUCAAGUUUCAAAUUUGGCAACAACAACUACAACUACAGCACCAGGAGGAAGACGUUAA